AUGCACCGAAUCGGCCUCGCCCUCAGCUUGCUCUCCGCCAUGCCAGCCGCCCACGCCGUCGAGUACCCCGUCACCGCGCGCGAAGAGGUUGUCGACGAGUACCAAGGCCCCGGCGGCAAGACGAUCGAAGUGACCGACCCCUACCGCUGGUUGGAGGCGGACGUCCGCGAGUCGGACCGCGUCGCCGCAUGGGUCGCCCAGCAGCAAGCCGUCACCGAGGCGUACCUCGGAGCGCUUCCCGAGCGGGAGGCCUUCGAGAAGCGGCUCACCGAGUUGUGGAACUACGAGCGCCGCAGCGCGCCCAGCCGCUUCGGCAAGCCCGGCAUGAGCCCGGACCGGUACGUCUAUACGAAGAACGACGGCCUGCAGAACCAGAGCGUCCUCUACAUCACCGACUCAGCCGACGCCGAGGGCCGCGUGCUGAUCGACCCCAACCAGUGGAGCGAAGACGGCACGGUCGCUCUAGCGGGCACGUCGGCGAGCUACGACGGCAAGCUGCUCGCUUACCAACGCAGCGAGGCCGGCAGCGACUGGCGGGUGAUCCGCGUCAUGGACGUCGAAACCGGCAAGGAACUCGACGACGAGCUGCGCUGGGUCAAGUUCGGCGGCGUGCAGUGGGCGCCCGACGGCAAGGGCUUUUACUACAGCCGCUAUCCCGAGCCCGAAGAGGGCGCCGCUUACCAGGCGUCGGCCCUCAAUCGCAAGCUCUGUUACCACAAGCUGGGCGACCCGCAGGAAAAGGAUGUCGUCAUCUACGAAAACCCCGAGCACCCCGAUUGGUCGUCCGGCCUGUGGGUGAGCGAGGACGGUGAGUGGCUGGUGGUAGUGGAAAGUCGCGGCACCGACCACCAGAACCGGCUCUACGUCCGUCGCGCCGACGCCGAAGGCGGCGCGUGGACGCCGCUCGUGCAGGACUUCGACAACGAGUUCAACCCGAUCGCCAGCGAAGGGAGCCGGCUGUAUCUCGUCACCGACCACAACGCCCCGCAGCGCCGCGUCGUGUCGUUCGACCUGCAGCGGGCCAGCGACGUGGUCUUUCGCGACACGCUCGUCGAAGUCGUUCCCGAGAGCGCCGCGACGCUCGAGUCGGCUUCGCUCGUGGGCGACGUCGUGUUCACGAGGUAUCUCGAAGACGUCGCCGCCGUCGUGAAGCGCUACUCGCUGCGUGGCGAACCGCUCGGGCGAGUCGAGCUGCCGGGUGUCGGUUCCGUUUACGGGUUCGGCGGUUGGCAGGACGCGACCGAGACCUUCUACACCUACACCAGUUACGACGCCCCGCCGACGACCUACCGCUACGACAUCCCCUCGGGCGAAUCGGAGCUGCUCUUCCAGCCCGAUGUCGGCGUGGACUUCUCGAAGUUCACCGUGCGACGGGAGUUCUACACGUCGAAGGACGGCACGCGUAUCCCGAUAUUCCUCACUCACCGCAAGGACCUCGAACUCGACGGUACGAACCCGACGCUGCUCUACGCCUACGGCGGGUUUACGAUCUCGAUGACGCCGGGCUACUCGGCGAGCCGGAUGGCCUGGGUCGAAAAGGGGGGCGUCCUGGCGGUCGCCAACCUCCGCGGCGGCGGUGAGUACGGCGAGCCCUGGCACGAGGCGGGCAAGCUCAAGAACAAGCAGAACGUGUUCGACGACUUCAUCGCCCGGCCCGACCUGUUCGGCGCGGCCCUGCCGGCGGUUGGCGUGAUGGACAUGCUCCGCUUCCACACCUUCACCGCGGGCCAGUUCUGGCGCGACGAGUACGGCUCGGCGGACGACCCCGAGAUGGUCGAGUACCUGCGGGGCUACUCUCCUUACCACAACGUGAAGCCGGGCGUCGCCUACCCCGCCACGCUGGUGACGACGGCCGACACCGACGACCGCGUUGUCCCGAUGCACAGUUUCAAGUUCGCCGCGGCAUUACAGCACGCCCAGCAAUCGAAGGGCGCCGGCGACAAGCCGCUGCUCAUCCGCAUCGAGUCCCGCGCGGGCCACGGCGCAGGGACGCCCACCAAGAAGCUGAUCGAGCAAGCCGCUGACCUGUGGGCGUUCCUGUGGGAGCACGUCGGACCAAAAUCGGGCUCGUGA